GCCUAAUUAAGAAAAAGUUCAAUCCCAAUCGCCAGACGCCCGAACUUCACUUCACCACUUCGAUUUCUUAUGCAAGCACCAAUUUCACAACCAAAAGAAAAUCCUCUUGCAAUUACUCGCCAAUAUGACUAUCAAUUCGGAACCGCAGGCCUUACUGUCUCACCUUCAAAAUGCUGACGGUUCUGCUACUUUUUCAUUCGCCGGGUAUACCGUGGUUGGGGCUGUAAAUGGGCCGAUCGAAGUUCAGAGACGAGAUGAGCUCCCGGAGGAGGCGGCCGUUGAUGUGAUCGUACGACCAGCUGCAGGGGUUGGAGGCACUCGAGAAAGGCACUUGGAGUCAUUGAUUCAGUCGACCUUGCGCCAGAUCAUCCUCGUCAACAAUUUCCCGAGGACUUUGAUCCAGGUGAUUCUACAAGUUACGACUGCCCCCGAGAACGAAUAUGUGAAUGCCAAAGUAGCACAGGCUACCUCAAACUUACCUAUUCUACCCGCUCUGCUGCAGACGGCGGUACUCUCACUCCUCUCUGCUGCCCUUCCGUUGACGGCGACACUUACAUCGACUUCCUUGGCCGUUGUCGCUGAUGGACAAUCGAAGAAAGUCGUCUUGAACCCUUCGCCGCGAGAGAUUCAAACGUCGCAAUCGUUCCACGUCUUCUCGUUUACUUCGCACGAUGAAUUAAUACUCGCAGAGAGUGAAGGAAGCUUCACGAUGAAAGAAUGGGAUGACGCCUUUACCGUCGCUCAACGUCAAUGUUGCCCUCUGACCACUGCCGGUGAUGGAGAUGCUCUCAUGGAUGAUGAUAGCCUACCAGGCGCGAACCUAAAGCAGUUCGUACGAUCUACGUUGGAGGAGAAAAUAGCCUCGGAUCUGCAUUGGAAGUGAGCAAUACUAUCUCGUACUUUUGAAUUAACGCGGACUUUAUUUUGUGGAUAUGACUGGCCAGAAAAUACGGCAAACCAUACCGGAUUAGCGGUCAGUAAUACGCGUUCGUUGGUUCCAGUUCCGCUCAG